AACUUCAUCCUACAAAUCCCCUGUACUUGUAUGCUCUCGAAAUGGCGGCGCAGACGGAAACAUACGGCAGAAACCGCCAGUCAAUCGCCGACCUGGAACAGGAACUCUUCGAUAUCUUCCAAGAGCACCCCCAGUGUUCACACAAUGACUCUGAUGAGCCUGUCAUACCCGGAGACGCGCUCGUAGAUGUCUUGCGCACCUUCUCCCGUAAUCACAACUCCGUGGAACUGAUGACGCGGGACGAGGAGGAACAGCUCACAUCCUUCAUCUCAAGUAACCCUGGUCUCCAAGUGACCCCUCAAGUCCUCCUCCAGUUCAUAGCCUUGCAAACCACUAUGAACCCCUCACAUAGUCCAGAAGACAGUCCCUCACCGAGCGCCAGCGGAGACUCGGAAGACUUCGACGACCGCGGUCGGUCGGAGGAACGCGAUUAUGACGGCUACAAUUCCCGCUCAUCUAGUCGCGACUCCACUGCUACAUACUACAGAUCGUCUUCGCGAGGGCCAGGAGGCCCCACGACGCCUCGCGAAUCUGUCUUCGACUCCGGACGAAGACAGCGUACCACACCUCUCAACAACAACACGGCUCCUUCAAGUUGGACCCGGCGCCCCCCACCGUCAAGGCGGAAGAGCGACGCUGGCCACAGCCGGGCGCUAAGCGAUUCAGAGUCCGUCUCAUCAAGUCCAUCUGCCUAUGCUCGCACCCCUGGUCGCUCGCGUGCUCCCUCGAAUCCCACCAGCCCUACAUUCAGCUCCCCACCCCUUGCGAAAUCCAUCAGUUCGCCUCCGUUUGGUGCACCCCCCUCUCGACCACACUCGCGCGCCCAGUCCCAACCACAGGGUCACUUCACGUCCAUGGACUCAUUCGGACAGAACGACUACUAUGGAUCGUCACCUGAGCGCGAAAACGACAACCGACAGACUGGGCUAUUGUCCCCACCUCCAUCCGACAAUUCCUUCGAUGAUGAGCAGGGGUUCCAUGAGCAAAUCUCGUCACUGCCCAUGCCCCGCCAGGGAGACGACUCGGACUCUGAUUCUGAGCUUGACGAAGAAGCACUGCUUGGUCUGGUCAUGGACCGGUCUGCCGCGUCUUCGACAGUUUCACUGGACAUGGAGCAACGUCUCGAGGCACUGCAGAGGUUGAACACCGAUCUUGGCAGGAAACUUCUGGAGGCUGAGCGUACCCUGCAGAACCGGCUUGCGGAACACGAGCAGGAACUAGAGGAUAUGCAGAUCAGACUCGAGGAGGCUCGGAGCGAGUUGAGUGCGACAAAGCGUGAAGAGAAGGAACUUCGUUCCAAGGAGCGCACCAAUACCACCCAGAUUGCUGUCCUGGAGUCCGAGAUCGCAAAGCUUCAGAAGAGCUUGGAGAACGCACGCUCUUCGUAUCAGAGCCUGCAGAAACAGUACCAGGAACAAUGCUCUGAGUCCGAGCGGUAUCGAAACGUCCUCCGUCGUCGCGACCAGGAAAUCAAGGAUCUCCAAGAGGCGGCGCAACUGCACUCAGUGGAAGUUCAAAAGUGGUUGCGUGAACAGGCAAAUUACGAAGAGCGUAUUGCUAUUCUUGAGGGAGAGCUUUCCAUCGCACAACAGGCACACGCGCAGCUGGAUGAGCAGAAGCAGGAGAACAUGAUGCUCAAGGAGACCAUCGACCGGAUGCGUUUCGACAUGGACGAGCUCCGCAACAGCGCGCAUUCGCUUGAAAAGGGCGGCUCAGGAACUGCCAGUGCUCACGGCAGCGUCAGCAAGUCCCUAGGUGCCGAGCUUCUGAGCAAGAUGAAGGACGGCAACUGGGAGAUGGAAGAGGAGGAAGUUGAGAGCGAGCCGAACAGUCUCGAGAUCGAGGUGACUCCUGAGGACGACGAGACGGAGUCCGAGGAUUACGUGCAGACUAUCAUCACGCGCACGAAGAGGAAGGUCGCUAGCCGCGCGAAGAAGUUUGAAACCUUCCGCGUGGACGAGACGAAGGAGUACUCCGACACUGGCACACAACACGAGCCGGAUGAGUUCACAGCUUCAUCGUCGGUGCAAACCGACCCUCCACCCAAGAUCCUCACAGCUUCGUUCAGCGUACAGACAGAUGAGCCACCGGUCUCGUCGAUGUCGACUCAAACAGAACCGGAACGGAUACCCACUCCUCCGCCUGUAAUCUCUGUCGAGCGAGAAGUUCAGACUGACGAACCGCAGCCCGAGCCCUCAUCGUCAGGGACAACGACGGAGGAGGAAGACGAUGCGCUUGCGUCGUCGUCUUCCACCUUGUUACCCCCUACGCCCAAGGCUCAGCAAGAGCACCUACACCCUGACCUCCCGCCUGCGUACGACAAAGUGACUGGCGAGGACCUUGCCGUACGCGUGGCCAAUGAGUCACUCAAGGCUUGGCACCCUGGUCUCUCCGUGCCCAUUCAGGCCCGAGCUGGAGGGAUCCCCGAGGAGGCAGUCGAAGACUGGCAAGCGUUCAAGGACCAAGUCGGCGUUGGCUGCGCCGCGAUCGACAAGCUCAUUGAGGAGUCUCAGCGCACCAACCCACCCCGCUCCCCCCGCGAUGGCAAGUCGCGACGCAAGAGCGGUCGCUUCUACAACAUCUAUAACACCUACGUCUACGGCGACCCUGACGGCGGCUCGGUCAUCAAGAACGGCCAGCUGCUCAUCUGCGUUGGGGCCUCCGCUCUCAUCGCGUUCCUCAUGGGCCAGGCGAUGGCGCCGCAGUACUCGAUCCCUGGCGGUCCAACGUACUACGACCGCGCGGCGUGGUCGAGCUUCAAUUCGAUUUCGGCUGCCGGGGAGGGCUUCCCUGGCGAUAGCACCGCCGCCGUCUGGAGCUUCCUUGGCAGGCUCGGCGGCGGCGCCGCGCGUACUCUGGGAGGUUGGCCUGCGACGUAGCUGCUUGUCGCCGCCUACCCCUUCUUUCCCAUGCUACUUCCACCCCCACUCCAUCCAUGCCGACAAGUUGCAACCACCCCCACUCCUACCCAUGCCACUCUCGCCAGAGACGUUCAUAUGUGCAUAUGUGCAUUGCCAGGUAUUUAACCAUAGAGCGAUCCAUGCUAAUCCUCUGACCAUUCCUUGCACCUACUACGCUCCUUACUCACCGUUUCCCGUUGCGUUGAUCUAUGGUUGUCCUAUAUCGACCUUCGUUUCGGUCUCUCGAGUCUCCUGCUUGGGACUCAUCAACCCAUGCUUUCCUCUCUGCCUGCUCAUUUCUCUCUUCUCUGCUCGGCGAACUCUUCAGUGCCCCGUUCUCGUUUCCGUUUUCUCUCAGUACCCAUCCAAUCUUGUUGUGCGACAUGACGUAACGAUCGGGCUCCGCGGCGGAACCGCG